AUGCACGCUCCGAAGACAAUCUAGAGAUCAACACUAACUUCCACUUUUAUCAGCUAAGAAGAGCAUUAACAUACUGAAGAUAACUACAGCAUAAAGAAGACUUCUUCGUAUCAAGAUUAAUUAUCCAGAAGAUAAACGCUUAAGACUUAUAAUAAGGUAGAAUCCUUUGAUAAUCUUAGUGCUGAUAAAAAACGAAGGUAGUCCGUUUGCAGCCAGAGAUCUGAAGACGGAAAGUCUGAGGCUUAGCUGUAUAGGCCUGAAUUUCGAUACAAGAAUGGUCCUGAGGAUGAGAAAUUUAAUGCAAAAUUAUGGGCACUAAUGAGUAGCUAUCUUGGACAUGAAAGAUGGUUUAUAUAAAAACAAAUUAUUAACCACAUUGAAUACACAGUAGUUAAGAGUAGAUUUAAUUUUGACAAUGGCCAUCUUUCACAGGCAGUAGCCUCAUCAUUGAGAGAUAGACUUAUUGAAUGUUUCAAUGAUACAAACUAACAUUACACUGACCAUGAUCCAAAGAGAGUUUAUUAUUUGUCAGCAGAAUAUCUACAAGGAAGGAUGAUGCAGAAUAUAUUAGUCAACUUGAAUUUAGUAGAUCAGUACAGAGAAAGUCUGAUGGAUUUAGGAUACAAACUAGAAGAUCUAUAUGAUUAUGAAUGCGAUCUGGGUCUUGGAAAUGGAGGACUUGGAAGAUUAGCGGCUUGCUUUUUGGAUUCAAUGGCUACCUUAGAAUUGCCAGCUUGGAGUUAUGGAAUAAGAUACCAUUAUGGAAACUUCAAAUAAUACUUGACUUAGAAUUUAGGAAAGUAAAUAGAAAUCCCGAAUUUUGGAUACUCCAAGAAAGUACCUUGGGAAAUCUAAAGAUAUGAUGUUGUUUAUCCAGUAUAAUUCUAUGGUGAAGUCAAAAAGACCAAAAUAGAGGUGAAUGGGAUAACCAUUGAGAAGAGUAAAUGGUAAAAAGGCGAAAUCGUGAAGGCAAUGGCAUACGAUACACCAGUUCCUGGCUAUAACACAUUUAACACUAAUUGUCUCAGAUUAUGGAGUGCUUAACCUUCUUUUGACGAAGCUAAUAAAGAAUAUCACUGCUAGACUGAUGAUGAUUAUAUUAAUCUAGUUAAAACCAGGCAAAGAGCAGAAAGGAUAACAAGUAUACUUUAUUAUAAAGCAGAUAAGUAUCUUGUAGAAAUACAGGAAGCUUUAAUAAAAUAGCAGUACUUUUUCUGUGCUGCUACUAUCAAAGACAUUGUUAGGAGAUUCAAGAAGAUCCAUAAAAACAAUUUUGAAAUAUUUUCAAAGAAGAUUGCUAUGUAGUUGAAUGAUGCUCAUCCAGCUAUUGCCAUUGUAGAGCUAAUGAGAGUUUUAAUAGAUGAAGAAGAGCUUACUCUUCAUCAAGCUUGGCUAAUAACUUGCAAUACCUUUUCUUAUACUUCUCAUUCAACUGGAAUGGAAUUCAAAGAAAAGUGGCCUGUUGAUCUUGUUUACAAAAUAUUACCCAGACAUCUAGAAAUCAUUACCUACCUGAAUUACUUUUUUGUCGAUAAAGUCAAAAAGGAAUUUCCUGAUGAUUUAGCUAGACAAGGUAGGAUGAGUAUAAUUGAGGUAGGAGGUGAGAAUUUAGGCUUUAUCAGAAUGGCUUAUAUUUGCUUUUUGGCCUCUCAUAAAGUUAAUGGGGUCUCAAUGGAGCAUACCAAUCUUUUGAAAAAUAUUAUCUUUAGAGAUUUCAAUCAGAUGUAUCCUAAUAAGAUUAUUUCAAUCACAAAUGGUGUAAGUUAGAGAAGAUGGAUAUAGUGCGCUAAUCCGGGACUAGCAAAGCUAAUAACAGAGAGAUUAGGAGGAGAUGAAGAAUGGCUCAUUAAUCUUAAUCUGGUUACAUAACUUAAUGGCUGGAAACAGGACAAGGAUUUCAUAAUUUCAUUUCAAAAAAUAAAACAAUAAAACAAGCAGAGGCUAGUUAAAUAUCUGCUAGAAAAUGAAACGAAUAAAAAGAUACUAUCUAAAUAUGUUGAACCAUUUAUGAAGGGUCAAGAAGAUAUUAUGAUAGAUGUAAUGGCAAAGACUAUUGGAUAGACUAAAAGGCAAAUAAUGUACUUGUUCUAUAUACUAAUGAAGUACAUCAGACUAAAGAAUAACCCAGAUUCUUGCUUGGGUAAAUAGAUUUUUAUUCUAUCUGGUAGAGCUCAUCCUCAUAAUAAAGACUCAAAGUCCAUACUGCAAUUCAUACAUAAGGUAAUGAACAUUGUAAACAAUGAUGAGCAAGCAGAUAAACUCAUGAAGGUAGUUUAUGUUCCCAACUAUGGUGUUAGUGUUUGUGAAAAGUUUGUUGCUGCUUGCGAUCUAAGUUAGCAUAUCUCAACUCCUGGCACAGAACCAAGUGGAACUUCAAAUAUGAAAUAUAUAAUGAAUGGAGGACUGAUUGUUGGAAGCAGAGAUGGAGCGAACCUUGAGAUUGAAAAAGAAGUUGGCCAAUCUAGUAUAUUUAUAUAUGGAUCUGAUAAAAUCAAACUCUAUGCUUAUCAUAAAUUUAGAAUGCCUCCUGGUGCAUCUCAUAUUGAUAUAUCCCUAAAAAGAGUAUUUGAUUUCAUAAAAGAAAACAGAGAGAAAUAUUAACUAGAAUAUGCUUGCGAUUAAUAUGUUAUCCCAAUGGAAUAACUUAAUGAUCCCUAAGGAAUCUGUCUUGACUACUUAUCAUAUAGCCAAGCCAAUGACGAAGCACAUAAGAUUUAUUAUAACUACUAUCAAAAGAAGAAUAAGCCAACUUAUGCGGCUAGUAAAUCUAGUUCAGUAUUUUUGGAAAAUAAUGAAUGGACUGCAAGAUCUAUUAAUUGUGUUGCAAAUAGUGGUAAGUUCUCAAGUGACAGAACCGUCAGUGAGUAUUCUGAAGAAAUUUGGGAGGUCUAGGAGCUAUCUAUACCAAAAGGAGCCCCUACACCUGUUGAGAGGAUAAAGAGUUUCCCAAAUAUUACCAAAGAGGAAAAAAUGAGAGAAAAGAUGAAUACGACACAAGCACCUAGCAGUUUUAUUAAGAAAUGA